AUGGACGACAUUGCAGAGCUCGCCACCUUGGCCUCCCUGCGAUCGAAUCCCAUCGCCGAAACAAACCAUGUAGAGGUCCAGGCUCUUGGUGAUAAAAUAUCAGACCUUAUUGAGGCUGCGCAGCAUGGAGAUCUCGCCUCCAUGAAGAGCCUAGUUGCCGAUGGAACCAGCGUCAACCAAUUGGCUGAAGAUGGCACUACAGCCCUCCAUUGGGCUGCGUCGAAUAACUUCUAUGAGAUUUGCGUCUUCUUGUUGGAAAAAGGUGCGGACGUGAACGCAAGAGGUGGUUUCCAAUCUGCGACACCGCUAAUGUGGGCUUCUCGAAACGGCUUUGUGUAUAUUGCCAGGCUAUUGUUGCAACACGGUGCGGUUUACAAUGAAGUCGAUGAACAAGGAUUCAAUCCGUUGCAUUUGGCAGUACACUCGUCAAAUGUUUUACUUGUUAUCUACUAUGUUCAUGAAUAUGCUUCUUAUGGUCUGGACACAGUAGAUACAAAGCUUCGUCGGACGCCAUUGAUCUGGGCCGCUUGUCAGGGAGACCAUAUGACUGUCGAUGUUUUGGUUAAAGCUGGUGCAGAUGUUCAUUCUGCAGAUGCUGAGGGUAUGACUCCACUGCACUGGGCGACUGUCGCGAAGUCUCUUGAUUGUUUACAUAUUUUAUUGAAAGCAGGCGCCGAUCCAACCGCAUUGAAUAGUCGCAACAGCUCCUGUUUCGAUAUUGCUAAAGAAAUUGAUGGGGAGCGUGUUUUAAAACAAGCUCUUGCUCGAUCUGGGCGGCUACCGUCGGGGGCGGUAAAAAUUCACAAGUUUACCGACCGCGAAGCUGAGCUCAUUACCUUUUUUUUGCCUUUCGUCAUGGCUAAACUCGCUAUGCUUGCUGUUUCUUACUUGAGCUGGUUUUGGAGCGUUCCGCUUCUUGUGCUUUUGCUGUUCAUUUCCCGCUUGGUCCUCAAGAGAUUUGUUUUGUACAAUAAGUGGCCUGGGCACUUGGCGUUUUUACAAAGUACAAUCAUGAGCGGCAUUUUCUGCGGCCUCACCUUCUGGGUGCUUGUUCAAUUCAUUACUGAUGUCCUUCCUCUGUCUUACGGGUCCCACAAUGUCGCCUCAAUGCUUUUCUUGGCUUUGGCAUUCACCGGCCUGACAUGUUACUUUGCCGCCUUAUUCAUGGAUCCUGGUAUCAUCAAAACUGGAAGCGAAGCCGAUAUCUCCAAUACCAUAAACAAAUUGCUCGACUCCGGCGAGUAUGACACUUUGAAUUUCUGCUACGCGACAUUCGUUCGCAUCCCCGCGCGGGCUCAUUACGACAAAAUUAUCGGUGACGUCGUAGCACGGUACGACCACUAUUGUCCUUGGCUUUAUAAUGCUGUCGGGCUACGGAAUCACCGGUUGUUUGUGGCAUUUCUGACCUUAAUUUCUCUGGCCAUCACGACGCUCUCUAUCGUAGUGGUGUGGGUAAUAAGAUCUCAGCCUACCACUGUGAUGCAGACUUUUAGCAAACACCCACAAACUACCGCACUGUACAUGUUUUGUGCGCCUAUUUUUGUAUGGAUUGAAAUCCUGACUUUUAUGCAGUGGCUCCAUGUUGCGAGAGCCUCUACAACCUAUGACAUUGCCCAAGGAAAGAAAGGCAAAGAAAGUUUCAGCAGCUUACCUGCUGAUCACCCGUUAGCCAAGCUUCGUGCUCGCAAUGAGACGCCUGCAGUAACCCAGCCCUCUGACAACCACAACCACAAGCACAACCCGCUCGCCAUGUGUGCUGCGGUUCUUGGCUUGCAGCAAAUAAAGGUCACGUUCAGGACUCUCUUUGGCAAAGAUCCUCGUCCUUACGAUCACGGACUGAAAGCUAACUGCAGCGACUUCUGGUUUGGUGGUGGGCCCUUGUUCAACCCAGAUGCCAGACUUGGCACUCUUAAUGGCCAGCUUGUUGACUACUUUUCUCUUAAUCAAUUGAAGUUCACAAAGCCUGCUACGUUAGCGAACCGCCGAGCAGACAAUGCUUUACGUAGAUUGACAUGA